AUGCUGCUUGUCUAUAUAGUUGUAAUUACAAGUUGGUUUCUGCAACAUAUCCAUUGCCGAGGCAUCUAUUUUCCCAGUGAUAUUGUACACACUCGAUUAGGUGACAUUAGAGGUUUUCAAAAGAGAGUUGACGACACAACUGUUAAUGUCUACCUGGGUAUUCCAUUUGCGGAACCUCCAUUGGGUCGGAAACGUUUUUUACUUCCCGAAAUGGUUAAACCAUGGAAACUAUGGAAUGCAACAACAUUAGCCCCGUCAUGUUAUUCGACGCCAGAUAGUGUUUUUCCAAAUUUCCCCGGUGCUGAAAUGUGGAAUCCGCCAAAUAAAACAACCUCAGAAGACUGUCUUCGACUUAACUUAUGGGUGCCAAAAAAUCAUGAUGGCCGUGUCAUGGUUUGGAUUUAUGGUGGCGGAUUCUUUUCUGGAAGUCCAUCGUUAGAUCUCUAUGAUGGAAGUACAUUGGCGGCACGAAAAAAAGUUAUUGUUGUAAACAUAAACUACAGGUUAGGGCCUUUUGGUUUUUUAUACUUUGGUCCCGAUACUGAUGUUCCUGGAAAUAUGGGUUUAGCGGACCAACAAUUAGCGUUACGUUGGAUUUAUGAACAUAUUGGCAGUUUUGGUGGCGAUAAUAGGAAGAUCACAUUAUUUGGUGAAAGCGCUGGGGCUGCUUCGGUAACCUCUCAUCUUUUUGCACCUGGAAGUUAUCGAUAUUUUCAAAAUAUUAUUAUUAUGAGUGGAACAAUGAUUAAUCCAUGGGCAUCUAAAGGUGUUGAUAUGAUGUUUGAAAUUUCGAUGCGUUUAGCUGCUAAACUAAGAUGUGUUGGCAAAGAACGAUAUCCCGACAUUAAAGCGGUCAUAGUUUGCCUACAAAGGCAAGAAAGUCAUAUGAUUCAGCAAGCAGCCGAAAAUAUUAGCGCAUAUUAUAUGCUUCCAAUGACGUUUCCAUUUGUUCCCGUUGAUGAGGAUAGACAUUUCUUCAAAGGUAAUUUAUUUGCAAAAUUUCAAAAACGUGAUUUCAAAAAAGAUGUUGAUGUAUUUGUUGGUACAAUGAAAGAUGAAGGAACAUAUUGGUUACCAUAUUAUGUGGCCAGUAAAGAUACAGGUUUCAAGUUCAACCAUACCAUAUCUGCUGAUGAUCCAGCCAAUGCUGCUUUUACUACCAAGGAGCAAUACGAAAAUGCCUUAAAAUUAUUCUCACCUUAUUUUGGCAACUCGCUUCUCGUUGAACAAGCCUUUUUUAAUUUUUACAAAGAGAUAGUUAAAAGUAAAGAUGAUCGAGAACGGCGUCGAGAUGGUGUAGCACGUUUUUUAGGUGACUUCUUUUUCACUUGUGCUGUGCUCGAAUUUGCUGAUACCUUAGCCGAGAACAUUGAAGGUUCAACGUAUAUGUAUUACUUUACCAAAAGACCUUCAUCAAAUUCAUGGCCAAAAUGGAUGGGAGCAAUGCAUGGCUAUGAAAUAGAAUAUGUUUUUGGUCAACCAUUCCGAAGAACCAGCGAUUAUGCGGUAGCCUACCAAAAGGAAGAAAUGAGAUUUUCAGAUAUGAUCAUGGAUUACUGGACUAAUUUUGCUAAAAGAAAUAAACCAGAUGAUAAUUGGCCAUUAUACAAUACAAUUAGCAGAGAAGCAGUAGUACUAUCAGAUUCUACAGAUUCCAGCAGUAAGCGCAAAAUUGCCAAGGAUGUACACGGGUCGUCUUGUCGUAUCCUUGAUGAAGCUGAGGAGACAAUUAGUAAUGGUAAAGGAUGCAAAAACAGAACCGAAGCUCACGAUAUUAGCGGCAAGGCAUUUUCUUUAUCGUCUUCUACACUUUCCUAUAUUCCAUUGAUGAUUACUGUUAAUUAUGUGUUUAUUCUACAAGUGCUUUUUAUUAGUAUUUGA